AUGUCGGUUCUGGAGGCCGGCGAGGCCGACCGAACGACGAUGUCACCGUUGGACGAGGUCGUGUCGCCGACGAGCGUCGAGUCGGAACUGAUGGUCACCGACAUGUUGGACGAGCACGAGGCGGCGGACGCGAAGCGCAAGAGGGACACGGACGGCGAGGAGCUCACUCCGCGGAAGCUGCCGUCGCUCACGAGGAACAACAACGAGGUCGGCUUCGUCCUCGAGGAGAGCCCUGACGACGACAGGGAUGACGACCGUUUGACUGGUCAUGGGGGCAUUUCCUCGCUGGGCGGCGGAAACUCGUCGCCCUAUUCCGGUGCCCAUCACCACGGACACCGGGGAAACGGAAACGGGGGCGGUAUGCCCCACCACGGGGGCGCCUCGUUGCCGACUGCCUCCGACUUCCAACCACCUUACUUUCCACCCCCGUUUCCCUCGCACCACCAUGCGCCCGCCAGCCCUCAGCACCCCAGCCUCGGCCAACCGCAACACCUGGAUUACCUCGUCGGCGAUCCGUACACGCAAACGCUCAACACGCUGCACCAGCACCAUUACAACCACCUGAGCGCCGCCGUCACCGCCGGCCAGAGGAGCGGCGAUCUCAGGAGAGACGCCGAGGGCAUCCACGUGACGAACAUGCACGCGUCGUUCCCAUACGACGGCGGACGCAGCAGCGGCGGCGGCGGGGGUGGCGGCGGCGGGGGCGGCGGCGGUGGCGGAGGCGGUGGAGGUGGAAGGGGCGUCGAGUAUGGCGCCGUGCGUCGUCCUGAUGCCCUCCUACCGCCUCCGGGCCUCGACCAAACCGACCUCGUUCUGCACAGCAGCCUCGUUGACGACCCCCAGAACACAAACGUGGACGAUGGAGGGUUCAUGAACGACCUGCCGCUGUUAAAAAAUAUGAAACCAUCGGACAGGAGCGAGAAGGCCAUGUUGAGCGGAAACGCGCAACCGUCGGACGUGUUCUGUUCGGUCCCGGGACGAUUAUCGUUACUAAGCAGCACCAGCAAGUACAAAGUUACGGUAGCAGAGGUACAAAGACGGCUAUCGCCUCCGGAAUGCUUGAACGCGAGUCUUCUCGGUGGCGUACUGCGAAGGGCGAAGUCCAAAAAUGGCGGACGUCUGCUUAGGGAAAAGCUGGAAAAAAUCGGCCUAAAUCUGCCAGCCGGUAGGAGGAAGGCUGCCAACGUUACGCUCUUAACAUCUUUAGUGGAAGGAGAAGCUAUUCACCUCGCCCGAGAUUUCGGCUACGUGUGCGAGACCGAAUUCCCCGCGAAGCAGGUCGCCGAAUACCUCAGUCGGCAGCACUGCGAACCGCAGGAUUCCUACAGGAGGAAAGAACUUCUUCAUGCCACCAAACAAAUCACCAAAGAGCUGAUGGACCUUCUGAACCAGGACCGAUCGCCGCUUUGCAAUACGCGACCGCAACACAUCCUCGAUCCAAGUAUACAGAGACAUCUCACCCAUUUCUCGCUCAUAUCACACGGAUUCGGAAGUCCCGCGAUCGUGGCCGCACUAACGGCUAUACAGAAGUUCCUAAGCGAAUCUUUGAAUCACCUGGAGAAGAUGUACCCGGGGAACGGCAGCGGCGUAACAAGCAGUCAGCAGUCGAGUCUCGACACGAAUAAGAGCAAGGACGGCACGCUGAUGAACGACAUGAAGAAGUGACGCCCGGAAGACCCGCCUACCUCGAACGUGGUCACGUCCAUCAGGCACUCCUGGCCGUACGAAUGAGCCUCGCCGCGCGUCAAGUCCGUCGCGGAAAGCUCUCUCGCAGUGGACCACUGGAAGAACCGCGUACACGCGUCGUAAGUGAACACGCGCCGCGGCGAAAGGCACUCGUUGCGCGCGCCUGCGACGCGACGCGCGCCGUACGCCCGAGGUUGGCUGGUCGUGAAGGCUUCUCUGUUAGGCAAUUCGAUACGCAGGGUUUGCGUAUGUGCGAUGUAACGUGCAAUCAGGGAUAUAGUCGGUGGUUGGUUAAUAGGGAACGGGAGGACGAAAUUUCUCGCUCGUGACGGAGCCCGUCGGGAACUCGAGGACGAGGGACUCGACUCUUUCUCGUUGGUCUCGCCUUUUCCGAUGCUUCUGAUUUUUCUCUUUUUGCUUCUAUUCAUUUUCACACGGAGAACUCAAUGAUGCCUUCUACUUCCGGUUAUUUCGAUUUGGUCGCAUCUAUAUAUUUUUCUUGGAAUUUAUUGAAGUAAACUUACUCAGAUUCAGAAUAUGUGUUGAAUAAAUUUGAUGUUUAUGAUGAACUUGUGAUAUAUCUGCAAAUGUGUAAAACUUAUG